CACCCUCCGCCCGCCCUGGGGCCUCAUUCUGAGAGAGGCUCGGAGAGAGAGCGAGCGGGGAGGGAGGGAGGCAGGGAGAGAAAGGGAGAAAGGCAGGCAGCCGGCUGGCGCUGUGUGUGUGUCUGAGUGUGCGAGUGUGAGUGAGUGUGAGUGCUGGGCCCUACCUCUCCUGGUGCCCCCAGUAGAGGGGCCCGGUGGCCUGGGGAGGGCGGGCGGGCUGCUCGGAGGCAGAGGCAGCGAGAGGCGGCGGCGGGGAAAGCAGAGGAGGAGGAGAAGGAGAGAGGAAAGAGCGGAGCAGCCAUUGUUGAGGGAAACCUUGCAAACAAAGAAGGCUCCGGACUCCCCGCGGCCCCCCGCCCCCCAGGCCGGCCCCCUGGUCCCCGGCCCCUGGCCCAGUGGCCAUUGUAACUUUCCCCCGGGGCUGCGGCCGCCGCGGGGCUGGCCGAGGCUGUGCUUGCGAGUCUUUGUGCGGCCGGCGGAGUGGAGCUCCCAACCGGGCCUGCCCGUCCCACUCGGGACAUGAGCGGCUGAAGUUGUCCCCUCUCAGCCCUCACCCUUGCCAGGACCCCUCUGGGCUUGCAGUCGCUCCCCGCACCUCUCCUGGCCCCCUCAGUUCUCCCAGGUUGUUCCUCAAAGUCAUUCAAGCUGUACUCGCCGAAGGAGCCCCCGAACGGCAACGCCUUCCCCCCCUUCCAUCCCGGCACCAUGCUGGAUCGGGAUGUGGGCCCAACUCCCAUGUACCCGCCUACAUACCUGGAGCCAGGGAUUGGGAGACACACACCAUAUGGCAACCAAACUGACUACAGAAUAUUUGAGCUUAACAAACGCCUUCAGAACUGGACAGAGGAGUGUGACAAUCUCUGGUGGGAUGCUUUCACGACUGAGUUCUUUGAGGAUGAUGCCAUGUUGACCAUCACUUUCUGCCUGGAGGAUGGACCAAAGAGAUAUACCAUUGGCCGGACCCUGAUCCCACGCUACUUCCGCAGCAUCUUUGAGGGGGGUGCUACAGAGCUGUACUAUGUGCUUAAGCACCCCAAGGAGGCAUUCCACAGCAACUUUGUGUCCCUCGACUGUGACCAGGGCAGCAUGGUGACCCAGCAUGGCAAGCCCAUGUUCACCCAGGUGUGUGUGGAGGGCCGGUUGUACCUGGAGUUCAUGUUUGACGACAUGAUGCGGAUAAAGACGUGGCACUUCAGCAUCCGGCAGCAUCGAGAGCUCAUCCCCCGCAGCAUCCUUGCCAUGCAUGCCCAAGACCCCCAAAUGUUGGAUCAGCUCUCCAAAAACAUCACCCGGUGUGGGCUGUCCAAUUCUACUCUCAACUACCUCCGACUCUGUGUGAUACUGGAGCCCAUGCAGGAGCUCAUGUCCCGCCACAAGACCUACAGCCUCAGCCCCCGUGACUGCCUCAAGACCUGCCUUUUCCAGAAGUGGCAGCGCAUGGUAGCACCCCCCGCGGAGCCCACACGUCAGCAGCCCAGCAAACGGCGGAAACGGAAGAUGUCAGGGGGCAGCACCAUGAGCUCGGGGGGUGGCAAUACCAACAACAGCAACAGCAAGAAGAAGAGCCCAGCUAGCACCUUCGCCCUCUCCAGCCAGGUACCUGAUGUGAUGGUGGUGGGGGAGCCCACCCUGAUGGGCGGGGAGUUCGGGGACGAGGACGAAAGGCUCAUCACCCGGCUGGAGAACACCCAGUUUGACGCAGCCAACGGCAUUGACGACGAGGACAGCUUUAACAACUCCCCUGCACUGGGCGCCAACAGUCCCUGGAACAGCAAGCCUCCGUCCAGCCAAGAAAGCAAAUCUGAGAACCCUACGUCACAGGCCUCCCAGUAAAAGGCCCUGCCGUGGCCACCCAGCGCUCUGCCGGCCUGCCCCACCCCUCGAAGCCCCAGGAAGCAGAAGACAGAUUGAAGAGGCUGAGCAUCUAAAACGGGCAGCCUCCAUCCACCCGCUUCAGGGAGGAACUAGACUCGCUGGGGGCAGGUGCCAAGAUUUGUCCCCCAGUGGCCCUGGGCUGGGCCUGGCCUCUGCAGAGCCUUUUGGGGGAAGGGGGUACUCGUGGAUGCCUACAUGGAACCUGGGUCUCUGAGAAAUGUCCUGACCACCCCCCAGGGCAUUUGCCUCCAUCCUCACCCCAGAUUCUGGGUUUCCCAUCCCCCUGACUUUACUCCUUUCAAGCCUGGGGGUUGUCUAUACCCACAGCCCUUAGGGACUUAAAGUUAUGGGGCUUGGUUGAAUGCCCCUUCCCCUAGGCAGCUGGUGAUAGAGGGGUAAAGCUCUGGGCCCCUCUUCCCUGUUGCCACGUAUCCCAGCUCCAAGUUUUUUAAAAAAUAAUAUUAUUAAAAAUGUAAGUUAAAAAAA